AUGGCAUCACAUCGACCGGGCCCAAGGACCAGUAUUUGGCAAAUGACCAUAUCAGAGAGACAAAAUGCAGCGACCUUUCUUGAAUUCACCACAGUGAGACCGUUCUUUUACCAGCAAGCAAAUUUUAAGUGUUUUUAUUGCAAUGAAGUCUUCCCCGAAAUCCAUUCUGUUCUCCAACACUCCGCGUUCCACGUAACACCAGAAAGAUGCUGCUUACUCAAGCAAUAUUUGAGAAAAGGAAAAAGAGUUAUUAAAGUUGAUAUUUCUGGUUUAAAAUGUAGAUUAUGUGAGCAAAAGUAUUCUGAUCUCGAUGACAUCAGAAGACAUUUAGCAGGCGCUCAUAAGAAGGAAUUCAAUUCUGCUGGCAAUGGACUUAUGGCUUAUGAUUUAACUAUGAAUAAUGGGCAGCUAUCUUGCCAUAAAUGUUCAAAAACAUUCAACUCCUUUUUCCUUUUGAAUAGGCAUAUGAACGUACAUUUUAACGUGGUCUGUGAAACUUGUGGAUUAGGAUUCAUGUCGCAUCAGCGGUUAAUAAACCACAGGAUUGUACAUCAAAAUGGUGUACACAAAUGCGACAAAUGUCAAGAAGUAUUCCCUACGAAGCUCAAACUUCGUUACCAUUUGUUUAAAAAGCACGAAGUUACAAACGCAAAGAAAAUAAAGCCGCUUAAAUGUCCUCAUUGCUUAGAGCGAUUUGCAGAACAUUAUAGGAAAAUGACGCAUUUGAAAGAAGUUCACGGCAUCACUUUUACUUUUGAAUGCCCAUCAUGUAAAGCAAUUUUACCAACACGACGUGCUUUGACUGAACAUACAACUAAACUACACACGCAGAAGAUCCAGUGUAAGAUGUGUGGGAAGUGCUUUGGUACACAGUCUUUGCUGAAAAUGCACAUGAGAGGGCAUACCGGAGAGAGGAACUUCUUCUGUGCAAUUUGCCAGAAGGCCUACAUGCAUGAAAGGACGCUGAGGCAACACAUGAGAGUUCAUGGACCAGUGUGGAAGUUCACAUGUUCGGAGUGCGGCAGUGGAUUUCACAAUAGAAACGAUUAUAAUAAGCACAUGAAACAAUGGCAUCCUCAAUGGCAGUUCAAAACUAUUGUUAAAAAUUUCGGAAGUGAUCUUAUUAACUGA